UUUUACAGCCAUCCAUGAAUUCCCAGAUGAUAUUUUCACCAACGCUGAGAGGAAGAGCGGUGGCGUGAUGCUGCACAUUGUGGCGGCUCUCUACAUGUUCCUGGCCCUGGCGAUCGUCUGUGACGACUACUUCGUGACGUCUCUCGAGAAAAUCUGCGAGAAGCUGAAUCUGAGCGAAGAUGUGGCUGGAGCCACGUUCAUGGCAGCGGGGAGCUCAGCGCCCGAACUCUUCGCCUCCGUUAUCGGUGUCUUCAUCACUCACGGCGACGUCGGAGUCGGAACCAUCGUCGGAUCUGCCGUCUUUAACAUCCUCUGCAUCAUCGGAGUUUGUGGGAUCUUCGCUGGACAGGUGGUCUUACUGACCUGGUGGGCUGUUUUCCGUGACUCUUUCUUCUACAUAUUGUCUGUAGUCGCCCUAAUUGUAUUCAUCUAUGAUGAAAAGAUCGUCUGGUGGGAGAGUCUGAUACUGAUUGUAAUGUAUUUAGGCUACAUUAUCAUCAUGAAGUUUAACACUAGCAUGCAGAACUACUUUUCGGGGAAAGAAGACAAGAGUGUGCCCAAUGGUAAUACGGUCAUCAGCGAGAUGGAGGAUGGUAAUACAUGUUAUGAUCAGUAUUGGGAUGAUCCAUCAUGGCCGUUACUUAGACCAGUAAAGCCCUGUAAAGAGUACACUAGGGGCUCUGUUGUGAUGGUGGACGAGAUGAUAAAUUCAAGCCCUCCACAUUAUCGGUUCCCCGAGGCCGGCCUCAGGGUCAUGAUCACCAACCACUUUGGGCCCAAGACACGUCUGCGCAUGGCAAGCCGACUUAUCAUCAAUGAGCAGCAGCGGCUGGUGAAGAUGGCCAAUGGGGUGGAUGCAGUGCUGGUGGCUGAUAAGAAAGCUGACACCAUGGAAAAUGGCAACGUAGCGGAGGACAAACUCACUGAGGAACAAGAGAGUGAGCUGUCAUCUCCCUUCGUCUUGCCUGGGGGCGCUAUGAAUAAAGUGAAGUUUUUCGUUUCCUGGCCCAUUUUGUUGCUGCUGUUCUUCACCAUACCCAACUGUGCCAAACCACGGUGGGAGCGCUUCUUCAUGCUGUCCUUCUUCCUCUCUACGCUGUGGAUAGCCAUCUUCUCCUACGUCAUGGUGUGGAUGGUCACAAUCGCUGGAUACACGCUUGGAAUCCCAGAUGUCAUUAUGGGUAUAACUUUCCUGGCUGCUGGCACCAGUGUUCCCGACUGCAUAGCCAGUCUCAUCGUCGCACGACAAGGCCUGGGGGACAUGGCUGUCUCCAACACGAUUGGCAGUAACGUCUUUGAUAUCCUGGUUGGACUCGGCGUUCCCUGGGGCAUCCAGACAAUGGCUGUCAACUACGGCUCUGUGGUUAAAAUCAACAGUAGAGGAUUGGUUUACUCCGUUGUUCUGCUGCUGGGUUCGGUGGCUUUAACUGUGCUGGGGAUCCAUGUGAACAAGUGGAGGUUGGACUUUAAGCUGGGCAUAUACGUGCUUGUUCUGUAUGCCAUCUUCCUCUGCUUUUCCAUCUUGAUCGAAUACAAUGUCUUCACUUUUGUCAACCUGCCCAUGUGCCUAGGUGUCUAGGCUAGGUGAUUUCCAUGGGCUUUGAACCAAAAUACCUCCGGGAUAAACCUGCAAUCAAAAUCACCAAUGAUUCUGCUGUUUCCUCUCUCUCUUUAAACUCCCUACUGUUGAAGAAAACCACUGUCUCCCGCUGCACAUUCACACCACUGUGGCUCAGAUGGAAGAACUGCAUUUCCCGGAAGACCGUUGACUCGCAACUUUCUCCAUCAAUUCCAGGAAAUUAAAUUCUCCUUGGCAGCUCUCUUUAUAACUGGAUAUUCUUCUACUUCUGAACCUUGGACAAUCACAAUGCAGCCCGUAAACGUCUUGUUCAGAGCAGAAGGAUUCAAAGCGUACACUCGCACCACAAACUGCACACACACGCACACAC